GAGAAUUUCAUCACCAAAUCCAAUCUACAACACCAUGUCUUCAAAAACCAUCCCAAGAUCAUCUGCAAGAUUCAUCCUCUUCUUCUUUCUGAGUUUGAUCACCAAUGGCCAAGCUGUUGAUUUCCAUGUCAAGAGAUACGGAGCACGAGCUAACGGGAAUUCAGAUGACAGCCAGGCGAUAAUGAAAGCAUGGAAGGAGGCAUGCAUGUCUCCAAAGCCAAGCAAAGUAUUGAUACCAGGAGGCAAAUAUAUGGUUGGUUCAAUGUCGUUUGAAGGGCCAUGCAUGGCGCCAUCCAUCAACGUUCAUGUGGAGGGAACCCUUCAAGCGCCAGCCAGUAUUCAGAGCAUGAAAUCUCAAGACAGUUGGAUCGUUUUCAAGUACAUCAAUGGCCUCACUCUCUCUGGAAGUGGAACUUUUGAUGGUCGAGGAUCAAUUGCUUGGAAGCAAAAUCAAUGUGCAUCUUCUGGCAAAUGCAGCUCUCUCCCUAUCAGCUUGAGAUUCACCAGCCUCAACAACACUCUAAUCCGAGACAUAACUUCGACGGACAGCAAGUUCUUCCACAUGAACGUGAUCAACUGCAGGAACUUAACCCUCCAGAACAUCAACGUCGACGCCCCGGGCGACAGCCUCAACACCGACGGGAUCCACAUCGGCCGAUCCAUUGGGGUCAACAUAAUCAACACCAGGAUCGAAACAGGCGACGACUGUGUUUCGAUCGGGGAUGGGAGCCAAAAGAUAAACGUCGAAAAAGUGACGUGCGGGCCUGGCCACGGCAUCAGCAUUGGAAGCCUAGGAAAGUACGAAAACGAGCAGCCUGUGUCCGGAAUCACCGUGAAAAACUGCACCAUAUCCAACACCAUGUUCGGGGUUCGGAUCAAAACAUGGCCAGCUUCUACUAAGGGAAUCGCCACCAAUAUGCAAUUUGAUGGCAUUGUCAUGAACAAUGUUGGCACUCCUAUCCUAAUUGACCAACAAUAUUGCCCCUAUGGCGUGUGCAAACACAAGAUUCCAUCCCGAGUCGAGAUCAGCGACGUGGCGUUCAAGAACAUCAGAGGGACAUCCACAACUCAGGUUGCACUAAAGCUAGUGUGCAGCAGAGGGAUUCCCUGCAAGAAUGUGAAGCUUUCAAACAUCAACUUGAAAUACAGGGGCACCAAUGGGUCAGCCAUAUCAGAAUGUGCCAAUGUGAAGCCUGUAGUUUCUGGACACGUGGUGCCACCAGCCUGCACCAGAGCUUUUGCAGCUUGAUCAUAUUAAUUAAAAGGAAACAAAACAAAAUUAAAAUUUAUAAUGAUUCUCUAAACUACUAUUAUUGCACCCUUUUAUGCUUUUGAAUGUAAUGAGCAUGAUAUGAGAGGUGAAGUUUAAAUUUGAUUAAUUAUGUAAUUGUAACCCACAAAUGGGAUUUUUCUUCA